AUGGCACGUUUACUCUCGUACCUGGGCUUGCAAAAAAUCACCAAUUUUCCUUUACCGCAAUUACAAACCAGAUCACAUGUGUACUCUGUCACUGGAAAUCUUGCAUUAAUCCAAAAACUUUUACCAGUCUGUGAAAACUCAUACGAUUACGCACAACAAGAAUUAAAGUGGUUGUCGUUGCAUGUUGUAAACAAUUUACGACAGCAAGGUCACCUACGAGAAAAAGAUUCUGUUUCCAGCAAUAGUAAUGAUUGUUAUGACAAUCAUCCACAAACAACCGACGAAGCAUGGAAAAUUAUGUCUCUCGAAGAAAAGGAAGUUUUGUCAGCGUUGGUAAGACAGCGUGUUGAGCAAUCGAAACCAUUACAAUAUAUUUUGGGAACACAACCAUUCUUGGAUCUAGAAAUUAUCACAAGGCCGCCAGUUUUAAUUCCGAGAUGGGAAACAGAAGAAUGGACUUCUUAUCUCAUAAACCUCUUGAAUUCUCAUCUCGAUGCUCCAAAAAGAAAACCAAGACUCCCAUUUAAAAUUCUAGAUAUUUGCACCGGAUCAGGAUGCAUCGGACUUGCCCUAGCACAUAAUCUCACACACAAUACUUGCACAAUCCAUGCAAUAGAUAAUGCACCGGACGCACUAUUACUGGCUCAAAAAAAUAUAAGCGUACAUAAUCCUCAUAAUCGUGUAAUAUUAUCAAAUCUCGAUAUCAUGAAAUCGAUAUCUAAUCCUCCUUACGUCACUCGUGCAGAAUAUGAAACGUUGAGCAACGAAAUCAAGUUGUGGGAGGAUAAGCGAGCGUUAGUAGCCGAUAAUGAAGAUGGAACGGCAUUUCAUCAAAGAAUUGCAAAACUGGCACUUGGAUUACCUUUAUUGAGAAAACAAGACAUUGAAACAACGAAGAUUGAAACUCUUCCAAGAGUAGUAAUGGAGAUCGGAGGAGAGAAUCAAGUGAAAAUUGUUAAAGAGGCUUUAUAUGAAAAUGGUUUCGGAUGGGUAAAGGUUUGGAAAGAUGCGGCUGGUAAAGAUAGAUGCGUAAUUGCCGGGACGCUUUUUUCAAAGUGA